AUGAGGCUAAUUUCUUGCCUUCUCUUUAUCAUCACCAUCAUCAUCUUCUUCAUUUUCCAAUCCACAAAAGCUUCAAACCUAAUCAAUGAAACCUGCAAACAAUCCAUCCAAGAUAACCCAACAAGCAAAUACGGUUUCUGUCUCACCUCUCUACAGGCGGCGCCGGCCAGCCGUUGCGCCACCGUUCGUGGGCUAGGAUCAAUCGGAAUCCGUCUCGUCCGUUAUAACAUUACUGAUGCUAGAUGUCAUAUUAUGCAUCUUCUUAAGGAGAAAAAACAUGAUCUUUAUUACAGGGCAUGUUUAAAUGACUGUUUUCAACUCUAUUCUGAAGCAUUAGACUCUGUUAAGAAGGCUAUGAAGAACUACAAUGGCAAGAGAUUUAACGAUGCUAAUAUUCAUAUAAGCGCUGUUAUGACUUCUGUUACUACAUGUGAAGAUGGGUUUAAGGAGAGAAAGGGGAUUGUUUCGCCAUUGACGAAGAGGAAUGAUGAUACGUUUCAGCUUUCUGCCAUUGUUCUUUUCAUUAUGAACUUCAUUCAGAAAGGGUAAUUAGUUAGUUUAAUUAUAUGGGUUGAUUUAUAG